AUAUAUAUAUAUAUAUAUAUGUAUUUUCUAUCUGUUACAUGUGUAUAUAGUUAGGCAAGUGUAUAGAUAUAGAAGGUUAAUUAGACAAGAGCGGGUAACGAUAUGAGUUAACUAGUUGACAAUAAAGUGGAACUUAAAUUAGAGAUUUCAAGAAAGAUUUGUGUGCAUUAUAUUACUAGGUUAGUACUCGAUCCAUCGGUUUACAUUACAGAUAUCUGCCGUUUCCGAUGUGUCUCUCUAGGAAGUCUUUAUAUACCAUGGAAGUGUUUUUACUGAUACUCAUUCUGGGCUUAGCUUCUUCAAGAAUUGAUUGUCAGAAUAUUAUUGGUCAUGGGGGGAGCUUCAAUGUUCUUGACUAUGGAGCUAUUGGAGAUGGCAGAACAAAUGAUACCCAAGCUUUUUUGAAUGCGUGGAGAGAUGCAUGUUGGUCCGGAGUUGAAUCUCCUGUGGUUAUAAUUCCUCAAAACUUCAUAUUUCUGGUCUACCCACUCACCUUUUGGGGUCCCUGCAAUUCCAACAAAAUAUAUUUUAUGAUAUCUGGGGAGAUAAUUGCACCUUCUUCCCUGGGCACAUGGAAGGGUAGAGAUGCAAGUGAGUGGGUGGUGUUUAGAGAUGUGAAGGGUCUCACCAUUGAUGGGUCUGGAACAAUUGAUGGGCAGGGGAAAGCUUGGUGGGAUCAUUCAUGCGCACACCAAUCAUACCUGAAAGGAUGCACAAGAUUGGCUCCAACGGCAUUGAAGUUUGUUUCAUGCAACGAAACCUCAGUGAGUAACAUGUACGUGAACAACAGCCCCCAAACUCAUAUACUUGUACUGGGCUGCCAUGGCUUCAACCUUCACAACAUCUUCAUAAACUCCCCUGUAGAUUCUCCCAACACCGAUGGCAUUCACAUUCAAUCCUCUCACCGUUUUUCUGUUACUCAUUCCAUAAUAAGCACCGGGGAUGACUGCGUUUCAAUAGGAGAUUACACUUCAGAUGUUGAGAUUAACAAUAUUGUAUGUGGUCCUGGUCAUGGCAUAAGUAUUGGAAGCUUAGGGAAAUCAGGAAAUAUUGUGCAAGUGGAAAGCAUACACGUCAGCAAUGUUUACUUUUCUGGAACUACAAAUGGAGCUCGAAUCAAGACAUGGCAGGUUGGCAGGGGAACGGUCAGAGACGUAAUAUUUGAGAAUCUUUUAUUUAACUCCGUCCAGAACCCUAUAAUCAUCGAUCAACACUACUGCAACGUUCAAGGUGCCUGCAAGGACAUUACGGGGAGUGGGGUUAAGAUUAGCAAUAUUGUGUACCGCAACAUAUUUGGAACAUCAAGCACAGAUGUGGCAAUAAACCUCAACUGCAGCAAGUAUGUACCAUGUACUAACAUUGUAAUGCAGUUUGUGCAGUUGUCGUCUGCUACUCCUUGGAAAAUUGUUAGUGCCGAUUGUGAAAAUGCUUAUGGCCAAGAAUAUGGGGUGGGACCUAGUUCUUGCUUGCUUCAAUCUUGAAUUUCUGUAUCUAAUUUAAUUUACAAUAUUAGAACAUGUAUGCAUGCAUAUGUGUAGUUACUUUUUAGGGUUGUUUAGAGUUUGAAACUUUAGAAUUCCAUUCUAUCCUACGUUGUGAAUUAUGAUUACGAUUCUUUUGUGAAUGAAAAUUGGUG